AUGGCGACAAGCGCUACUGAGCAGCCGGGGGAGGGAGCGGGAGCGUCCUCGGGGGCAGCGAAAAGCCCGCCUCGGAGCACGAGGGACCGCCGCCUCGCUGUCCCUGUCGGCGCGGGAGCGGGCGGUGCGGAGGAGGAGGCCGGGCCGCUGCCGGCGCAGUUCCCGUCUCACCUGGGAGCGCUGAAUGGCAGGGGGAAGGCGGCGCUGUACUGCGACGACCUCCUGAAGGGCUGCAAGGCAGAAGAUGCCAAUGAAGCCAUUAGCAAAUACCUUUUGGAAAAGUUGAAGAUGAAGGAAAAAUGGCUUGGAGUCUGGAAGACCAAUCCAGAACUUUUUUUUGUUAAUUCUGAAGAAAUUCCCAUACCAUAUGUUGGUGUGCUUGUUGAGGUUACUUGCAAACUGCCCCAGAAUCCCUCUGCUAACUUCAGAGUUUCUGUAUCUGUAGCUGAACCCUUUUCAUCUAAUAUUGCAAAUAUUCCAAGACAGUUAGUUGAUGAAGUUCUGGAGGAAAUGGAUCAUUGUGUGCCUCUUUUGGAAGUCUAUCCUGUGGAGGGGCAGGACAGCGCAGUGUAUGAUAUAGCCAAGGCUUUGGAAAUUGUGAGGUUCUUCUAUGACUUCCUUUGGAGAGAUUGGGAUGAUGAUGAAAAGAGUGAGACCUAUGCUGCACUGAUAGAAGAGAGAAUUAAGAUUUGGUGUGAUAUUCAGAAUGGGACUAUCCCUGCUCCGAUUGCUCACCGUUUUAGAAGAAAUCUUGAAAAGUACAAAAAUCUGCAUUUGGAGUUGAUCCAUUACCAAAGUAAUAUUAAAGAAGAACCCACAGCAGAAGAAGCAGUUGAAUGUUGGAAAAAGUAUUAUGAAUUGAUAAUGCUAUGUGGAUUGUUGAAAAUAUGGGAAGAUUUACGCCUGAGGGCUCACGGACCUCUGACCCCAAGAAUUUUGAAACGUAGGAAAGGACACAGAGAUGAUGGAAAAACUGUAACUUACAUUGUUGCAAAAACAGCAACAGCAGAAAUGGUUAAAGAACUAGCCCCAGACACACUUCUUCAGCAGCAGGAUAACUUAAACCUGGCUUUGGACAACUGUUACAGUGGAGAUAAUGUGCUUAUUUUCCCAGGAGAAUAUAAAGCAGCAAACCUUUCCAUGUUAACUGAAGAUAUUGUUAUUAAAGGAGUUGGAAGACGAGAGGAAAUUGUGAUUGUUUCAGAUCCUGUCUAUGACAGUUUUAUAGUGUCCAGGGCUCAAAAUCUGAAGAUAAUGAAUAUUACUGUGCAGCAGCAAGGGACUCUCGAUGGUAUUAUAGUAGUUGAAUCUGGACACACAUUUUUGGAGAACUGUGUUUUGAAGUGUGAAGGAACUGGUGUCUGUGUACUUGUUGGGGCAUCUCUGACAAUUAUAAACAGUGAGAUUACUGGAGCUCAGGGGGCUGGAGUCGAGUUAUACCCAGGAAGCACAGCUACUUUGGAGGGUAACAAAAUUCACCACUGCAAUAACUUCAGAACCUGUGACUCCUCACAUGGUAGUUUUGGUGGAAUUAACAUUAAGGUUCUUCCUGCUCCUAAACUAAGGAUGAAAAACAAUCAUAUUUACAGUAACAAUGGAUAUGGAGUGACCAUUAUUAAGCCUUCUGAGCAGCUGUGUGCUACAGCUGAAGGAACAGUGGAAUGUGCUGCUGCAGGAGAUGGUGAAGAUUCUGUUUCCAAACUAAUGCAGGAACUGAGCCUUGAGAUGAGCACAAACAUACUAGAAGACAACACCAAAGGCAUCAGCAUAGUUAACUGAAGCUACAGGUUUCAACUACAAAAGAAAACUUGUUGUAUUAAAAGAUAUUAAUAAGAGUUGUUAUUAUGGAUACUGAUGAAACGUGAAAUAGCACCAUAAUUACUAUUUCUUAGUAAAGAGAAAGCUUUUCAUAGCUUGGCAAGAAUUUAAGCUUAAUUUCCAUUUAAGUCUUUGGCACCAGAAGCCAUAGCUUAUAGCUCAAAAUAUAACCCCUUGGAGGCUAUCAGUUUGAAUUCUGUACUCACUAUUCCAACUCGGGAAUAUAUUUUUU